AUGGCUGAAAGUAAACGCAGUUUGGACAGGGAAGAUGACCUUCCCGUCUACCUGGCACGACCGGGAACGACCGAUCAAGUGCCCCGACAAAAGUACGGUGGCCUGUUUUGCAAUGUUGAGGGAGCAUACGAGAGCAAAACCAUUGAUUUCGACGCUCUGAGUGUUGGUCAGAGAGGGGCUAGAACUCCCCGAACAUCGAUUAAAACUGAUACGUCCACCGAUGCGAGAAGCCCGAAUGUGCAAGCAAGAGAUGUGCCUCCAGACGGUGGGAAGGAAUGCGAGCGCCCUCCCUCGGAUAGAAACAGACAACCCCAAAGCAGAGAUCUGCCAGCAGGGAAGAAUUCUGGUGCAAGCGACAGGCUUCUGAUUAAGGGCGGCAGGAUCGUCAACGAUGACCAGUCUUUUCAUGCAGAUAUAUACAUGGAGGAUGGACUCAUUAAGCAAAUUGGAGACAACCUGAUAGUCCCUGGGGGAGUGAAGAUCAUAGAGGCCAAUGGGAAAAUGGUGAUCCCUGGAGGAAUAGACAUCCACACCCAUUUCCAGAUGCCUUACAGGGGAACCACCACGGUGGAUGACUUUGGACAGGGCUCCAAGGCUGCCCUCGCCGGAGGGACCACGAUGUUCGUGGACCAUGUGGUGCCAGAGCCAGGGAGCAGCCUGUUGGAGGCGUUUGAGCACUGGAGGGAGUGGGCAGAGGAGAAGGCGUGCUGUGACUACUCCCUGCAUGUGGACAUCACCCACUGGAACGACAGCGUCAAACAGGAGGUGGAGUCCCUGAUCAAGGAGAAAGGUGUGAAUUCCUUCCAGGUGUAUCUGGCGUAUAAGGACCUGUAUCAGAUGAGCAACAGCGAGCUUUACGAGAUCUUCACUUUCCUGGGGGAGCAGGGUGCUAUUGCACAGGUCCAUGCUGAGAAUGGAGAGAUCAUUGCUCAGGAGCAGGCUCGUAUGCUGGAGAUGGGUAUCACUGGUCCAGAGGGCCAUGUACUGAGUAGGCCAGAGGAGCUGGAGGCGGAGGCAGUCUUCCGUGCCAUCACCAUAGCCAGUCAGACCAACUGUCCCCUCUACGUGACCAGGGUCAUGAGCAAGAGUGCGGCUGACAUCAUCUCCCAGGCCAGGAAAAAAGGUAAUGUCGUGUUUGGGGAGCCAAUCACGGCCAGCCUUGGAACUGACGGGACUCAUUAUUGGAGUAAGAACUGGGCAAAGGCCGCCUCCUUUGUGACAUCACCACCCCUCAGUCCAGAUCCCACCACUCCUGACUACCUGAACACUCUGUUGGCCAGUGGUGAUCUAAAUGUGACUGGCAGUGCCCACUGUACAUUCAGCGUGGCCCAGAAGGCCAUUGGAAAAGACGACUUCACUCAGAUCCCCGAGGGAGUGAAUGGAGUGGAGGAGAGAAUGUCUCUCAUUUGGGACAAGGCUGUGGUCACUGGAAAGAUGGAUGAGAACAUGUUUGUUGCCGUGACGAGCACCAACGCGGCUAAGAUCCUGAACCUGUACCCGCGUAAAGGCCGGAUCGCCGUGGGGUCGGACAGCGACUUGGUCAUUUGGGACCCAGACUCUGUCAGGACCGUCACUGCCAAGACGCACCACUCGGCUGCUGAGUAUAACGUGUUUGAGGGCUUGGAGCUCCGUGGAGCCCCGAUGCUCGUUAUCUGCCAAGGCAAGAUUGUCUUUGAGGACGGGAAUCUCCACGCCACCUCUGGCACUGGACGUUUCAUUCCCUGCUCCCCAUUCCCGGAUUUCGCCUACAAACGCGUCAAAGCCCGGAAGCAGUUGGCACUUCUGAGGGCAGUGCCCAGGGGAAUGUAUGAUGGUCCCGUGGCUGAAUUCUCACCCAUGUCGCGGGGAGGCACUCCGUCUGCGUCUGCCCGUACCUCUCCCACCAAGACGGCCCCAGUGAGGAACCUCCACCAGUCUGGGUUCAGUCUAGCAGGUACACAAAACCUUAAUCUCUCACACUUGCCAGGUGGACGGCGUAUUGUGGUGCCCCCUGGUGGUCGCUCCAAUAUCACAUCCCUCAGUUAAACGAGGAGAGAGAAAAGAGAUCAAAUAAACAGAUAGGAUUUUGAGAGGGAAGGGUGGUAGUGAAAAGAAAUAAAAUAAAGAAGAAAAAGACAUGUGGAGCACUGAAUUCUCAAGCCUUUUACCUGUACCUUAAUAAUCCCUCAUCCCCUGCUUUAGCUUUCAAUAGUAUAGUAACCCUUCUCCCAGGGACGACCCUACCAAAACAAUCUGCAACGUAAUACUGACCAAAUAAAGAUCAAAACAUUUAUUACUUUUGUACUAUGAGUUAUUUCCAAACAGGGUGUGAAUAAUUAUGGAAAAACUGGAAUGUUUUA